UUUUGUCUUGUACCUGCAGGCACAGCGGCCAUACAUUGGCUUGAGGAGGUUUGUUUCUGUAAAACAUGGAGAGCGAAGAUAUGGACCAAUGGGCAGAGAGAGAAAAACUGACUCCGGAGACUCUAAGAGUACUGAAGGGGGAGGGCUUUGACUCCUUGGAAAAACUGAGUCAACUGACUUCAGCAGACAUCGACACUUUGUUUAUAAACACAAAUCUUCUGACAAAGCAGCAAUGCCUGUGCUUAAAGAAAGCUGUGGAGAGGAUGAACACUGAAAGUUCACAAGGACAGGCUGACUCUGGACAUGUCGUCAGCUCUGCAGGUCAGCAAAGUCGGUCCGGGGAAUUAGAAGCAAUUAUCCGAUUCGUCUUGGUGGGUAAUGGCGGCACAGGAAAAAGUACAACAGGGAACACCAUCCUGGGUGCUAAGAAGUUCGUCGUGUCGAGAGGGCUCAGCAUGGAAACAUCCAAGUGUGAAAUGCAUCGUGGAACUGUUUUGGGAGAAACUGUCGAGGUUGUAGACACACCAGACCUGUCUAGCACCAGCGAGAAACAAAUUGGUGAAGCUUUAGCUCAGGCAGCUGCCUGUAUGCCAUCAGGUCCUCAUGCUUUCCUGUUCUUGCUGAGCCUCAGCAGACGAUUCACUAAAGGAGAAGUAGCAGCUUACCAGCGACUAAUAGCUUUAUUUGAUGAGUUUGUAACCAAGUACAUGAUCGUUGUAUUUACCGGAGGAGAUGACCUGGGUCCUGAAUGUACUAUCAAUGACAUUCUCGUCAAAGCACCUCCAGAUCUUCGAAGCAUUUUAGAAACUUGCGAUAACAGAUAUGUUGUCUUUAACAACGAGUCUGAAGACAGGGGACAGGUUAGGUGUCUUCUGGAUGUUGCUCGUGACUUGAUGCAACACAAUGGCAAUCAAUGCUAUAGUUGGCCGAGGUAUUUCUCUUUUCAUGACAAAACGCAGGAAGAAAUCAGUAAGAGAAUAGCUAUAGUGACAAACCUGGAAAGCAAAAGUAUGAAGCAUUUCAAACAGCUACAAGAUGAGAUCAAAAUACUGGAAGAAAAGGAACGAUCGGUGUCUGAAAAGCGAGAAGAAGAACGUGAAAAUAAGGUAAAGGGAUUUCAGUUCUGUUUACAAGGGACAUUUCAAAAGCGAAAACAAAAAGAUGAAAAGCUCAAACUAUCUGAUUUAUCUUUAGGACUGAGUUCUAUGUUCAAGUUAUAUGACUGAGUUCAAAUGACAUGCGAGCUACGAGAGACUAGAAACACCAAUACUAAAGUACGACUGUCCAGUCCAGAUGGACAGGUUAUUGUGUGUUAGUUUUUACUGCUGUCUUAAUAGUGGAUUGUCGUAAAUGUUGUAAUAUGUUCUAACUAUUUUAAAUUUGAAUUGGUAAAUAGAAAGGCAUCAAGUUUUCCAUAAUAAGACUGCAACCAGGACCAUGAAGUGUUAUGUUACACUUCAAGUUUAGUUUAUUCCUUGCUGCUCCCUUGAGGUACACAGGGCCGAGUGAUGUUACAGUAGUGUUAUAAUUUAGAAGAGAUCAUUUGCAAGACCUUUUACUUUUUUUUUAUUUACAUAAACACAUUAACUCUUGAUACAAUUUUAUGACUAUAGUUAUUGUGAGCUUCUUUUACAACUCUAAAAAUGUUUACUACCACUUUAAAUUUUUUUUAAUGUCAUAAAACCAAAAGGUAGCAUUGAAGGUUGUGGCACGCGAUAAUCUGUCUCACACAACCUUGCCUCCACUCAGGAAAAGGUUCUCUGUAACUGGUAAUUUUUACUCGGGCAGCAUUGGAAGACAUCAUGGAGUAGUUUAAUUUGUAGCUAAAAGUAUUAUGUAGACUUUUUAAGUAAAAUUAGCACCUACCUUAAUCUGUGAUAUUUCUACUUUUAUACUCAUGAAUAAUCUCUCUCUCUCUCUCACACACACACAGGAAACCAGUCAUCUCUGUAGACAGGUGCCACAUUCAGUAAGAAGUAUGACAUAGCCACGACAGCGUGUUGUCACUGUUGUGAUGACAAUCAUUUAGCCACUGAGAUAAAAACCACUUGUAAGGAUUGCUACCUAAGUAGUUCUUAUAAAACAAUUUGUUUAUUGGAGCAUAGACUAUUUCCACUAUUCUUUUGAAUACUAAUCCUUUUACUUUUCAGUUGUAAAAUAACUACAGACUUUUCUGUUAUAGUAUGUUAUCACCGUUUAUAUACAUAUACAUAUACUUUUACUAUACUGUAUAUAGAAUACCCGUUUACAUAGGUGGCUAAUGUACAGCCUCGGUUCUGACUAUAAGGCCAACUUGGCAGAUUUGGUUUUUUCUUUGGUAAUGGACAUUGUUUUGGCU